AUGAUGUCUUACCUCAAACAGCCCCCUUACGGCAUGAAUGGGCUGGGGCUGACGGGCCCUGCCAUGGACCUGCUUCAUCCCUCCGUGGGGUAUCCGGCCACCCCGCGGAAGCAGCGGCGGGAACGCACCACCUUCACCCGCUCGCAGUUGGAUGUGCUGGAGGCUCUCUUUGCCAAGACCCGCUACCCCGACAUCUUCAUGCGGGAGGAAGUCGCCCUGAAGAUCAACCUGCCCGAAUCCCGAGUCCAGGUCUGGUUCAAGAACCGCCGUGCCAAGUGCCGGCAGCAGCAGCAGAGCGGCGGCGGGGCCAAGAGCCGCCCGGCCAAGAAGAAAUCCUCGCCAGCUCGGGAGAGCUCGGGCUCCGAGAGCAGUGGGCAGUUCACGCCGCCAGCAGCGGCCUCCAGCUCGGCCUCCUCUUCCUCCUCCAGCUCGGCCUCCUCAGCCCCGGUGGGCGCCCCGGCAUCUCUCAGCACCCCGGCGUCGUCCAUCUGGAGCCCGGCUUCCAUCUCCCCCGGCGCGGCGCCGGCGGGGGUGACGGUGCCUGAGCCUCUGCCUCCGGCCGCCGCGUCCUGCAUGCAGCGGGCCGGCCCCGCCGCCACCGCCGCCUCCGCCAGCUACCCCGUGUCCUACAGCCAAGGCGGGGGGUACGGACAGGGGUACCCCGCGCCGCCCUCCUCGUCCUACUUCGGGGGCGUGGAUUGCAGCUCCUACCUGGCGCCCAUGCACUCCCACCACCACCCCCACCAGCUCAGCCCCAUGGGGCCCUCCUCGGUGCCAGGCCACCACCACCACCACCACCCGCUGAGCCAGAGCUCGGGCCACCACCACCACCAUCACCACCACCACCAGGGUUACGGCGGCACGGGGCUGCCCUUCAACUCCUCCGACUGCCUGGACUACAAGGAGCCCGCUGCUGCCGCUGCUGCCUCCUGGAAGCUCAACUUUAACUCCCCCGACUGCCUCGACUACAAGGACCAGGCGUCCUGGCGCUUCCAGGUCUUGUGAGGGGCCGAUCACCAUCCCCCCAAGCUGCCACUGACCCCCCACCUGGGGUCCCCCCACCGCCUCCUGGGCAGGACUCUGGCUCUUCCUCCUCCUCCCUCUUUGUUAGCAGUGGCG